CCCCGCCCUCCAUCUGCGGAGGAAGAGCAAAAGAAGGAGCAGGAGGAGGAAGAGGAGAAGGCCGACGACGAGAAGUCGGAGUCCACUUCCAAACCAGUCACCACUACCAGUCUGCCACCACCGCACUAUGAUGCCCAACAGGACGUCGUGGUGGCUUUCGCCAAGCGUGUCUACUUUGUCGGCGCUGAUCUCGUCUCCACCACGACCACCACCUCUUCUGCUUCUGCUGUCGGCGACCUGGAAUUCUCCUUCGAGCUGCCCGCACCCCACG